GAAAUCGCCUUGGUAACUAGUGGAUUGCGUUAGAGCUGUGACGUCGCUAGAUAGACUCCCAUCUGGCUGGCUAACUACUUGGUCUACUGGCUACACCAAAGAUUAUUGAAGGGUUGGAGCUGAUAAACUAGCGUUCGCUUGCCAGCGGUAGAAAUUUCUGGAAUUGUUAGCUACAUUAAAUUUAACCUUACAUUCGUUUGUAAUUUAAUAUAAGAAGGAGUAUUUACUCAUUUGCGCACGUCAAACAUUUAGUUAGAUAGCUAACAUUUUCGUUUCUGUUUGAACAUUUUUACUGGUUUACUACUAGACUAGCUCGCUUUUUUUAAAGAAAGUUGUUUGUAUUUAGAUGGCAAGCUUUCCAGAUUUUGUAAACGAAAAUGAAAUAGGCAAGGCCAAGUUAAUAGGGGAACUUCCAGCGCCAGUUGCAGCUUUUGACCAAAAGUCUGGGCGGGAGACUUGGACUGUGGCCUUUGCUCCAGAUGGUUCCUACUUCGCUUGGUCUCAAGGGCACCGCAUCGUGAGGCUGAUACCCUGGUCAAAAUGUCUGAAAAGCUUCUCCGCGGGAGACGUGAGCCAGUCGACCCGGGUGAGGUCCAGGCCGGGGUCGCGCAAGGGCAGCGACGGGCUCCUUCUUCCCGAGAAGAGCGUGCCGUGCGAGCACACCAUCAACUGCGGUGACGUCGUGUGGGGGCUGGCCUUUGGCUCGUCCGUGCCGGAGAAGACCAGCCGCUGCGUCAACGUGGAGUGGCACCGCUUCGAGUUCGGCCGCGACCAGCUGCUGCUCGCCACCGGCCUCGGCAGCGGCCGCAUCAAGAUCUGGGACGUCUACACCGGUCAGCUGCUGCUGAACUUGCUGGACCACACGGACGUCGUGCGAGACCUGUCUUUCGCCCCCGACGGCAGCCUCCUGCUGGUGUCUGCCUCCCGCGACAGAACUCUGCGCGUGUGGGACCUGAAGGAUGAUGGGAACAUGGUGAAGGUGCUGAGGGGCCACCAGAAGCCGGUGAACUGCUGCGCCUUCUCCCCCGACUCCUCGGUGCUGUGCUCUGUGGGCGCCGGUAAAGCGGUGUGUCUGUGGGACAUGGAUAAGUACACGCUGAUCCGCAAGCUGGACGGUCACCACAACGACGUGGUGUCCUGCGAGUUCUCCCCCGACGGGGCCCUGCUGGCCACGGCGUCCUACGACACCCGCGUCAUCGUGUGGGACCCCCACCUGGGCACCGUGCUCAGGGAGUUCGGGCACCUGUUCCCUCCCCCCUCGCCCAUUUUCGCGGGGGGCGCCAACGACCGCUGGGUGCGCUCCGUGGCCUUCUGUCAGGACGGGCUCCACGUCGCCAGCGUGGCGGACGACAGGUUGAUGCGUAUCUGGAGCCUGGAGGAGAAGGCCCCCCAGGCCGUGGCCCCCCUGUCCAGCGGCCUGUGCUGCGCCUUCUCCACCGACGGAACCGUGCUGGCUGCAGGGGCGCGCGACGGCAGCGUGAGCCUGUGGGCGUCGCCGCGCAGCGUCUCCAGCCUGCAGCACCUGUGCCGCAUGGCCGUGCGGCGGGUCAUGCCCACCCAGCGGGUGCGCGCGCUGCCCAUCCCGCUGCCCAUGGCGGACUACCUGACCUACCGGGUCAUGUGACCGCGCGUCCCUCCCGCCGGAAGACGAGGGGAAGCCUCGCCUAGUGUUCAGAGCCAUAUUGUAUUUCUGUGAGGUCACAUUUGUAUUAAUUCAUUGUUAUUAACGUUAUUUUUAUGCAGCGCAACCUCAGCAUUUUCAAUCAGCCUUUUUUUAAUCCCCCCCCCCAAAAGCUGGUGAUUAGUGGUUUCAGAUCCAGGGGUCAGUCAGCUACGUGGAGGUAAAGUGCUCUGUUACGGUAGCCGAAGAGACAGUUUGAACACCGAAUCGCAAGCGUACAGACCGGCGUGUGUGUGUGUGUGUACAACUGCAGCAGGCGGCAGCUGGAGACAUUAAACUUGAAUACAAAACCCCAGCGCUGUAGCGGAGGACCCUUUUACCCAAUCACAGAGGCGAGGGGUCUGGAUGUGUGCGGGUGUGUUCUCUUACGCACAUUCCCAGCAUGCUUACAGGCUCAGAUCCACGCUCCCGUCUUGAGUGCCUUUGAAAUGUACAGUAGCACGUGACACUUACAGCUGGCUCCUCCAGCUCAGCUGCUCUGAACACAGAGCUGAUUUUAGUCUCUGAAUCACUGCAUUCCAGUGAAUCUACAUUCUCAGCCCUGAGAUGGGGCCAAUCUGGUAUUUUUGCAGUCUGUAUGUAUGCUUUUUUUUUUUUUUUUUUUUACCUGUACAGAAAUCUGUGAAGACUAUUCUGCUAAUAUAUCAUUUGUUUGAACAUAUUGCUAGUUUUUUUUUCUUUUUGUAUCCAUUGUCUAUACAUAUUUGUAAAUAGCUUUUUUUUUUGUGCAUAUGGUUGAGCAUUUCCAAUGAAAGAUGAGGUAAAUGAGUGGUAUGUUCUUUACUGAAGUGACCUGACCUGUCAUGGUGUCCCUUAGAAACAUGCUGUUUACUGUGACUGGGAAAGACACCGCAGCCCUGUCCUUCACCUGCACAAGAGCUGCACACUAAUGAUGAUAAUGUGGCAUCAGAAUCAUUUUCUUUUUAAUUUAUAAAAAUGGUGAUCCCCCCCCCAAAUUUACCCCUGCAUUCACUAAAGCAAGACCAAAUAUUCAUUUGUACUAUCGACACAACUUUUUCCAGUAUAAAUGCUGUUGUUCUUAUGCUGUACUACUAGACACAUGCACAUUUGUAUGUCAUCACCACAUCACCGAGCUGGGUAUAUGAAUGCAUGAACGGUCUUGUCAUGUUUGAGAAAGAUACGGCAUGUGUAGGUCUGAAGGUGGUUAUACGUUGGGAAGCCUAAUUGGCGAGUACUCUGGUGUAUUUCUGAUGAGUAUUUUAUUUUCUGGUGGGUAUUCUGGUGUUCUGACGAGCAAGAGGGGACAAGAAUAGUACCUAAAUCACUACAAUCAGAACCGGAAGUUACAAACAGUACAACACGUGGGCUUUCCUGUGAAUGGGAGGCAUUUUGUGCAUCAUUUAUGAUGUUUCUGGUAUUGUAUGUCUUGUAUAUUUCGUUUUGUACAUGCGUUUCGCUGACAGGUUUGUUUUUGAUGCACCAGAAUGUUUGAAAAUGUUGCCGUAUGUGAUGAGAACAGUAUGUGUGCUCAAAGAUCAAGGCACGUUUCCACUGCAUUUGUUGCCCUUAUUCCUCUUGUAUCGUUGCUCAGGGUGAUGCAAGCAAUAAAAUGUAAAUGCUAAACAGAA